GCUGUGCCCCUGUACCCAUGGGCGGAGGUCCCCGGGCCACCCACCCCGUACCAGCCUUGUCCCCUCUCCCCUCGCAGCUUCGACCGGGAGAAUGGCCCCCCGUGCCGGGGCGCGCUGGACCCCCAGGCCAUCCCGGGCGCGGGGCUGGUCCUUCAAGGUACCUUCUCCCACGGCCAGCGCCGCGAGUCCUUCCUCUACCGCUCCGACAGCGACUACGACCUGUCCCCAAAAGCCAUGUCCCGCAACUCUUCCAUCGCCAGCGACCUGCAUGGAGAAGACAUGAUUGUCACGCCAUUUGCCCAGGUCCUGGCCAGCCUCCGCACCGUCCGCAGCAACCUCACCCACCUCCAGGCGAGCAUCAAGCAGCAGCCUGCCCUCCGGGAGCAAGGGCAGCCUCACCGCUCGGGGAACCAGGUCUCCGAGUAUUUCUCCAGCACUUUCCUGGACAAGCAGCAUGAGGUGGAGAUCCCCUCGGCGCUGGCCAAGGACAAGGAGAAGGAGAGGAGGAAGCGCCCCAUGUCCCAGAUCAGCGGCGUCAGGAAACUCACGCAUGGCUCCAGCCUUGCCGCCGCCGGCAUCCCCCGCUUUGGGGUGCGGACACACCAGGAGGAGCUGCUGGCCAAGGAGCUGGAGGACACCAACAAGUGGGGGCUCAAUGUGUUUAAAGUUGCUGAGUACUCAGGCAAUCGCCCGCUGACGGUCAUCAUGUACAGCAUCUUCCAGGAGCGCGACCUCAUGAAGACCUUCCGCAUCCCCGUCAACACCUUCAUCACCUACAUGCUGACGCUGGAGGACCACUACCAUGCCGACGUGGCCUACCACAACAGCAUCCACGCUGCCGACGUGGCUCAGUCCACCCAUGUUCUCCUCUCCACGCCUGCGCUGGAGGCUGUCUUCACAGACCUGGAGAUCAUGGCUGCCAUCUUCGCGAGUGCCAUCCAUGAUGUUGACCACCCUGGUGUCUCCAACCAGUUCCUCAUCAACACCAACUCGGAGCUGGCGCUGAUGUACAACGACGCCUCAGUGCUAGAGAACCACCACCUGGCUGUGGGCUUCAAGCUUCUCCAGGAGGAGAACUGCGACAUCUUCCAAAACCUGAGCAAGAAGCAGAGGCAGUCACUCCGCAAAAUGGCCAUCGACAUGGUGCUGGCCACGGACAUGUCCAAGCACAUGAAUCUGCUGGCGGAUUUGAAAACCAUGGUGGAGACCAAGAAGGUGACCAGCCUCGGCGUGCUGCUGCUGGACAACUACUCUGACCGGAUCCAGGUCCUGCAGAGCAUGGUGCACUGUGCUGACCUCAGCAACCCCACAAAGCCGCUGGAGCUGUACCGGCAAUGGACUGACCGCAUCAUGGUGGAGUUCUUCCACCAAGGUGACCGGGAGCGGGAGAAGGGGAUGGAGAUCAGCCCCAUGUGUGACAAACACACUGCCUCCGUGGAGAAGUCCCAGGUGGGCUUCAUCGACUUCAUCGCCCACCCACUGUGGGAGACGUGGGCCGACCUGGUGCACCCCGAUGCCCAGGAGAUCCUGGACACUCUGGAGGACAACCGGGAAUGGUACCAGAGCAUGAUCCCACGCAGCCCAUCCCCACCACCUGAGGGACCUGGAGUGUCCCCUGCAUCCACCGACAAGUUCCAGUUCGAGAUGACGCUGGAGGAGGAGGAGGAGGGUGAGUCGGACACGGAGCUGGAGGGGGCCGAGAGCCCCUUGGACGAGGACAACAGCGGCUCCAAGACACCAGCCACAGACGACUCAGAGUUGGCUGACACCGAGCGCCUGUCACCCAGCCCUGGGGACCGGGACUCACCUGUCAGCCGCCCCAGGGAUGUGGACAACCAGCGGGUGCUGGAGGGAACGCUGACGAAGGACAGCAGUGGGAGUGGGCGCCCAGUGCCGGGGCCCGAGGGCAGCCAUGGGCUGUGCCUGGACACAGAGGGCAACGUCACAUUCCUGCCCCUGGGCACGUAG